CUUAAGUCGGAUGCAAAUCUCGAAAUUUUCAUUUUCUGCGCAGUGUUCGGGUUGGCUCCCACUACUACGUGAAACGUUGCAAUGGGGGAUUCCAUCUCCAGCGAAGGCAACUCAUCUGACAUUGUUGAUGAAAGCGUCUGUCGAUGGCUAGAGGAUAGUGCAUCUGCAGCGUUAACAAUAAUGGGGCAAUGUCCCACCGCCAUUCAACAUAGGAUUGCUGUAUACAAGGUGGAAAUUGCUCAGGCAGGGGAGGCAUUUCAAUCGUUGCGCGGAGAAGUCGAGGAGCGAUACCAGACACUCCAGUUAACAAUAUCUGAGAGGGACCGUCUGGCGAGAGUUGGUUGGAAGAGUACUUUACGUUCUCGGAAAUUCUCUCCACCUCCGGACUGCGCGUGCGUAUGUUCCAAUGACUGUAUUGGGGCACCGUACAGCCCUGAAGAAAUGUGGGACUUAUUCGACCAACUGGAUGAGCUGCACACGGCCUUUCAAGCCUGGAACUUCUGGAUUACGCGCAAAACACAUCAGUUGUACUGUCUUAGAAGCCUCGCAACCGAUCCCAGACGUCGAUAGCUGGGAGCGAGUUACGAUCGAACGCCUCAUUCGCUGGCUUUAUCACGGUCUUAGACAGGUUUUGUCGUAAUGAUGCUACUCCGGAAACAAACCUCUUAUUCACGAAGCGGCAGCACUCCAGAUCGGACACGACGUGCUUGCAUGCCACACUCGGUCGACACACUUCCACAAUGAUUGCGAUGGCGCUGC